CAAAAAAAAAAAUCCCGUUCUCUCGCACUGCUCAAACAAGAUGGCGGCGUCUGUGGCGGUAGCCGGAGCUCAGCAUCUUUCCAGUGUCAGCGACCUGGUGCCGGACUGGGCGCGCCAGGAAGUCAGCACCGGGACCACCAUCAUGGCCGUGGAGUUUGACGGCGGGGUGGUGAUCGGUGCCGACUCCCGGACCACCACGGGAGCCUACAUUGCCAACAGAGUGACUGACAAGCUGACGCCCAUCCACGACCGCAUCUUCUGCUGCCGAUCGGGCUCAGCUGCUGACACCCAGGCCAUUGCCGAUGCAGUCACCUACCAGCUGGGCUUCCACAGUAUUGAGCUGGAUGAACCACCGCUGGUGCGGACGGCUGCCAACCUCUUCAAAGAAAUGUGCUACAGGUACAGGGAGGAGCUCAUGGCUGGCAUCAUUGUGGCAGGCUGGGACAAGAGGCGGGGUGGCCAGGUAUACACAGUCCCAAUGGGGGGCAUGCUUGUCCGGCAGCCGGUCUCCGUGGGCGGCUCUGGCAGCUCUUACGUCUACGGCUUUGUGGACUCUAACUACAGGUCUGGGAUGUCCAAGGAGGAGUGCCUGCGCUUCGUGGCAGAGGCUCUGACGCUGGCCAUGGAGCGGGACGGCUCGAGUGGAGGGGUGGCGCGCUUGGCUGUCAUCACAGAGGAGGGCCUUGAGCGCCGGGUCAUCCUGGGGAACGAGCUGCCCAAGUUCUUCAGCGCCUAGCAGAGAGAAGCUGCAGGCUGUAUGAGCCCCUCUCUGUGUACCUCAUCCCAGUUCCAUAGAAGUACAAUUUAAAAAUAAUAAUAAUAAAAAAAAAUCCAUAGUGUUAAGACAUUUUUAGUUGUGGUUCCUGAUGUUUCAAUAAAACUUGAGCUAACACUAAAA